CCGAGAGGAGACGAAGUAGAGGUUGAAGAAGUAGGAGGAGAACUCUGUUCUGCUCAGCCCAGAAAAACUAACAUGAGGCAGGGCAGUGUGUGCAGCCGGUGCCCGGCGCUGCUUCUCCUAUUUGUACCCCUCCUCCUCUUCUUCACCAUUCCGGUGACCGGGUGGCGGCCAUGGCCAAACCAACGACCAAACACCCACAACACCACAGCUGAUCUGGAGUUCGGAGGCUCAAAGAAAUACGAGGGCUCCUCCGAGUUCAUCCGUCUCAGGUACCACAUGGGUCCAGUGCUUACCAACAACAUCACUCUCCACACCAUCUGGUAUGGCCAUUGGCAGAAAUCCCAGAAACGCAUCAUACGUGGCUUCCUUAACUCUAUCUCCGCUGUUGAUACCAAACACCCCUCCGUUGCUGGCUGGUGGAAGACGGUCCAGCUCUACACCGACCAAACUGGAUCCAACAUCAGCCGUACCGUCCGGCUCGGCCAAGAGAAGAACGAUCGUUUCUAUUCUCAGGGCAAGUCCCUCACUCGCCUUUCCAUUCAAUCCGUCAUCAAGACCGCCGUUACUGCUCGAACCAAACCCUUACCCAUCAACCCCAAGAAUGGUCUUUACCUGCUCUUCACCUCCGACGAUGUUCAGGUUGAAGAUUUCUGUAGUCAGAUUUGUGGGUUCCAUUACUUUACCUUCCCUUCAAUCGUUGGAUACACUUUACCUUUCGCUUGGGUAGGCAACUCUGCAACCCAGUGUGCAGGGGUGUGUGCUUACCCCUUUGCGGUGCCGUCGUACAUUCCGAAUCUGAAGCCGGUGAGAUCACCAAACAGUGAAGUGGGUGUGGAUGGGAUGAUAAGCGUGAUAGCACACGAGAUAGCGGAGCUGGCGACGAACCCAUUAGUGAACGCGUGGUAUGCAGGGCAAGAUCCAAGUUUUCCGGUGGAAAUCGCCGAUCUGUGUGAAGGGAUAUAUGGGACAGGAGGUGGAGGGUCUUAUACAGGGCAAAUGUUGGAGGGAGAAGAUGGAGCAACCUACAACAUGAAUGGAGUAGGAAGGAGGUUCUUGGUUCAGUGGGUGUGGAAUCCUGUUGUGAAUUAUUGCUCUGGUCCUAAUGCACUCGAUCAGUAGCAGCAGUAGGUAGUAGUACUACUACUACUUCAUUUGUUACUUCUACAGUUCUACUGCUACCACUUAUGUUGUUAGUAAUGGUGGACUUCUGGUCUUGUGUUUGUUAUUCAAAAUUUCAAAUUUCAAAAACCACACAAAAAAAAAAAUCUUUUCUUUUUUUGGGGUGUGGGUGUGUUUUUCUGGGGGAGUGUAUGCUGCCAUUGGGGAUUAGUGUGGGGAUAUCAUGUACUCAUGUCCAGUUGGGUUUCAGGAUUAUCAGUGGAGGUGAUAAAAAAACGUUGAGUAAAAAUAAGCAUCUGCUACUCUCUGCUGUGUAUAAAGAAAGAGGAUUUUGCUUAGUUCAAA